AUGUCAGAAGAGAACCCACAUAUUGCCGAGUUUAUUUCAAUUACUAAUUCCUCGAAAAGUUUGGCAGAGCAGUAUUUGCAGAGGAACGAAAAUGAUCUAGUUGAAGCUAUUGAAGAUUAUUAUGCCAAUAGUGAGCAUGGACAACAACCUACAGAACAACAUCAGCCACCAUUUUUUCCCCAAGGUUCGACAUCCAACCGCUUGGGCACUUCGUCAAGAACGAAGAAAGCUCAAGGUGGGAUCAAAACGUUUCGAGAUUUGAAUAAUGAAGACGAUGAUCUGGAGGAAGAUAGUACCAGUAACAAUUUCUUCACUGGUGGUGAAAAGUCAGCGUUGCAAGUGGAAGACCCCAACAAGGACAAAGGCAAUGGAGACCAAAAUUUGAUCGAACAGAUUUUCCAAAGAGCAAGGGAUCAAAUGAAUACACCCGAUGACCGUCCUAGUGCUCAGCAACUACAAAGCUCUCACGAAACUGCGCACUUCACUGGAACUGGUUUUAAAUUAGGUGAUGGAACAGUACCAAGUGAACAAGUUGAAGAUCCGCAGGCACAAGCAAGAAAAUUGUUGAACCGUUUUCGUCCAAAAAAGGUCAAUCGAGAAAUCACAUUUUGGAGACAAGGUUUCACUGUUGGCGAUAGUGAACUAUACAGCUAUGAUGAUGAGAGAAACAAGAGGAUAUUGAGCGAAAUAGAGCAAGGAAGAGUUCCCAUUGCUAUUUUGCAAGUCGACCCUGGAGAUGAUGUUGAUGUAACUGUGUCAAAGAGGACGGAUGAGGAUUAUGUCCCACCAAAGAGAAAAAUUGGCGGAUAUCAUGGUACUGGGCAUAGACUUGGAUCCCCAGUCCCUGGCGAGCCCAUUGUUACCCAAAACAAGGAAGAAAGUGUGAAGGAAACCAAAUCAGCAGAUACCCCACAGAAGACCACCGAUGAAGGAGAAGGAGACACUGCUGUGCAAAUUAGAUUCGCCAAUGGGAAAAGAACCUCGCACAAGUUCAAUUCUGGUGACUCGAUCUCUGUGGUAUAUGAUUUUGUGAGAAACCACGAGUACAAUGCCGAAAGUGCCGGUAGAAAUUUCACUUUGAGUCAUGCAUUUCCUGUUAAGCCAAUUGAAGACAGUAAUGAAGUAUCAAUUGGUGAUGCGAAGUUGAAAAAUUCCGUUAUAGUGCAACGAUGGGUAUAG